CACACACCCUGCUCAAAGGGAACGGGGUAAGCUUUCGGUUUCAGCCGCACAUUGAGGCUGGGAGAGGAAAGCCAUGGCUGACAAGAUCCUGAAGGACAGACGGAGGCUGUUUGUCAGCUCAGUGAGCCCCGGGACCCUCAGCAGCUUGCUGGAUGAGCUCUUAGACAAAAAAGUGCUAAACCAGGAGGAGAUGGAGAGAGUGAGAUGCGAAAACGCUACCACGAUGGACAAGGCCCGGGCUCUGAUCGACUCCAUCAUUCGGAAAGGGCCACAGGCCUGCCAGAUUCUUAUUGCUUUUAUUUGCGCAGAGGAUUCUUUCCUCGCAGAGAAGCUGGAGCUCUCAGGUCCGCCAUCUGGAAGUCAGCUUAACACAGACUCUGAAGCAGCACCUCUUCCUGCACCAGGCGGGGGACAUCAUGGCAGGCACAGCGGACAACUCUGAAGACAGUAGUCCUCAUCCAGAACUCUCCUCUGAGCUCCAGACACACUUAGCUCUAGCUGCACAACCAGCGUUUCCAGCCAAAGACUCCACUGACUUCACAAACUAACGUCUACAGAGUUAAACCCUUGAUUCCCCCCAUCAGAUCUGUUCUGCUUCUAACCCUUUCUAUCUCGGUGGACAGGAUGAUAAUCCAGCAAGUCUCUCUGUCUAGAGCACAAGUGUUUUCUUCACAAGGGAAGAGUAGCUCUCGGCAGAGUGCAGACCACACGGGAGGCCGGGAAGAAACACAGGAUGAACAAGAAACAUAACGACAGGCACCCAGGAAAUAUUAGUUCUCACAAGUAUUACUUCACUUCUAAUGUUUAGAUCUUUCUAGUGCUUACUCAUUCCCGUGUGUCACAAAAACAUGAUCAGGAGAACAGUUGUCAAGUGCCCAAUCUAUUAAAACUCUUGAAGACUUCUGACCUAGAUUGAAUUAUAAAUAUUACUAGAACCUAAAUAGCCUCUAAGCCAAGUUCACUAGCGGCAGACUUGAUCUGCUACGGAGGUUAAGCUCAAACCCUAGCCCCGAAAUCUCAGAAUUGAUCAAUAAUAAUAACUAUAAUAAUAAAUAAUAAUAAACUAAAGGCAAUAGAAAACUCUAGCUAUCUCACUAUACCAAAUACGCUUUUUCAACGAGUCCCUCAUGGGGAAGGGGUGCUCUGUCCACCAGGACACACGUGCUGGUCGGACAGAGCUCCAAUAUGAUGACCUCGGCUCUGUUCUCAUUAAUACAUGAGCUGGUCCUUAUGCAGGUUUAUCAUUUCCUCUUAAAUCGGGGAUGGAAUGGAGACAAUUUUGAAAAAAAAAAAAUCAGAGAUCACUCAGCAAAUGGGAAUUGAAACUGAAGUCAUAGGAGCUUCGAAUAAUCUGAGGCCCCCAGGAAUCACCAUGAACACCAAACUGAAAAGUUCAGGCUAUCGGCAGAGUCUGAGGUGGCACCCGAAGCCCGGGGAGCUGGGUGAGCUGGGCUACUGACCUUGGCUGGGCCUCCUAGACAUGGAUAUCAUUCUGAGUCAUUUCAUUUAACAAACUCAUAUAUGUACAUACGAUGCAAAAGGCACUGUUAGUCUGAGGAAUAGAUAUUUGGACACCAACUGGCCAAGAGAGAUGGCUUUGUCUUACGUUGCAUCAGUUUCUUCCUUUUUGUAUCACUUUAAGGGGUUUCUUGAGCAUUUCAUUAAGUAAUUGAGAAGAAAGUUAAAAUUUUUAUCUGAACUCCGAAUUUUCUCAUUUCUUUUUGUGUGCCUCCAGGCGAAUGGAACCCCCUUUUGGCAGCAGGCUGCACUAUAGCUCUUAUUAUGUUGUAACAGAGGGACUCAUUUUCAUGUUAACUUUACUACUAAAUGUGAGAUAGAAAUCCUAUCUAAUCCCCAAUUUUAUCUGCAAACACAGUAUGUGUACCCAGAUACAACAUGGUCAUUAGGAACUGAUGCUUAUUAAUUAGGAUGUUCACCAAUCCUGGAAACAGAGGUGACUUCUGCUGGGAAAACGUACCCUCUGACCAGAGACUAGCCCAGGACCCUGGACGACCUCGCACUGGUGGAGUCUUCUGGAAUACAAAAGGGAGUGCACAUGUGUCUGUUUAAGAAAUGUUCAGAACAUCUAGCUUCCUUAAGAACUUACGAUCUGCUACAUCUACAGAGGCUGGAUUUUUAUCAUUCAGUGUAGAAAGACAUUUAUCACAAGAAUGUGAUUUAAAAACUAAUGGAAACAAAUGAAUGAAAUAAAACAAAGUGUAAAAUAUGAAAACUGAAAAUUUUAUACAAGAUAACAUUGCUUUUGUCGUUUAAGUAAAAGACUUCUUGGUUGGCUUGUG